AUAAUCUACAACAAAUUAUAUAAAAUCCAGUGCAGGAGAGUGUGUGUAACCAAGUAGCAUAAAACAAUACCAUUCUCUCUCUUUAAGACUCUCUGCCUUAUAUUCACUCCAUGGAAGAAGUCAGUUUCAGUGAAGAGAAAUUUGUCACUUACAAGCAUGUCGACCAUGGUAUUUUGAACCAAACACCAAAGGUUGUUCGGAUCUCGAUGAUGGAUGCAGAUGUCACAGAUGAUGAAGACGAAGGAUUAGUUAAACUUCCUAAGAUAAAGAAGAUUGUGAAUGAGAUCAGAAUUGUGAAGAAGAAACCUUCAAGCAGUGUGUCAGUGAAACAACACAUUAAAGAGCCUGGAAGAAAGUUCAGAGGAGUUCGUCAAAGACCAUGGGGAAGAUGGGCAGCAGAAAUCAGAGAUCCUUUUAAGCAAACAAGAAUCUGGUUAGGGACUUAUAACACUGCUGAAGAAGCUGCCAUGGUUUAUGACAAAGCAGCUAUUAGUUUCAGAGGUUCUCAUGCUCUCACUAAUUUUAUCAAACCUCCUACAAUGGAAGACAUGCACAAGUCUUCUACCAAAGAAGACAUGCCUAUAAUGGAAGACAUGCACAAGUCUUCUACCAAGGAAGACAUGCACAUGGAUGCUGUUUCUUUUGAUUAUGCUUGUUAUGAUGAAUCUCAAGGUAGUUGGAGUGAUUUGGUUGAGAAUGUGAGUGGUGGGACUGGUUCAAGUAGAGAGUCUCAUCUGUCUUCACCCACUUCUGUGCUGGGACUUCAACAUGAGAAGCAUGAGAAACUUGUGUCGGAAGAAGUUUUUGAAACAGACGGUUUGUUUAUAGAAGAUCCAAGUUUUGAAGACACUUUCUCUUUUGUAGAUUUAUAUUUACCAUCCAUUGAUUUCAAUUCUGGAAUAGAUUUUAUGGUUGACACUAAUGUAAAACCGUCUGAUGACGAUCUGUGUGAUAUUUCCCCUCUUGACAAUGAGAAUUUUCAAUCAUUCAACUGGGAUAUAGAUAGUUACUUCAAUGAUCUUUCUUCUCCUAAGACAUCUGGAUGAAAUUUUAGAUGGUUUCUUUAGCUAUCUCAUUAGAGAAUGUAUGCUUCUAAUUUUGUUGUGUAAUCUUAA